AUGGAGAAAGAGCAAAGCGAGGAAAAUGAGGUCUGUCUCUCAUCUCCUUCUAUUAUCUUCUACAAUAGUUUUCUUGUUAGUUUCAUUUUUUGUAUAACUUCGAAUUUAGUGAUUAUAAUAUUUGAAUGUUUCUAUUGUGAAAUCGAGUUUGUUUCACUACCGGAGGGAUGUAUCGCCGAGAUCUUCGCCUUUACGAGCCCGCCGGACGUUUGCCGCUUUUCCUUAGUCUCUACAUCUCUCCAUUCCGCCGCCGAUUCUGAUUCCGUUUGGGCAAAGUUCCUGCCGUCCGAUUAUCCCUCCAUCAUUGCUAAAUCACCGACUUCGAUCCCCGAUUUCCGAUCACUCAAGGAUGCCUAUGUUUAUCUCGCCGAUCAUCCACUCUUAAUUGAUGAAGGUCGCAAGACUUUCUCACUGGAUAAAUGGACUGGAAAGAAAUGCUACUUCUUAGGUGCAAGAGAUCUUAAUAUAUCAUGGGGUGAUACGCCAGAAUACUGGGAAUGGGUUUCUGUACCAGAGUCCAGGUUUCCAGAGGUGGCUCAGCUGAAACUUGUAUGGUGGCUUCAAAAUUGGGGUACAAUAAGAACUGGGACUUUAUCACCACUGACAUCCUACACAGCUUACUUUGUUUACAAGUUGGAAGAUGAUUCUUACGGGUUUGAUGUUAGACACGUGGAGGUUUCAGUUGGAAUUUCUGGUGUUGAAUCUGCAAAUGUGCGGAUUGCUUUUUUGAAUCCGGAUCAUCCUAGUAACAUGGAGCUUGAUCAUAAACCAGUUCCGAAACUUAGAGAUGAUGACUGGUUCGUGUUAGAAUUGGGUAAUUUUUUGACUGAAAGUGAAGAUGAUUGCAUAGAGUUGAGAAUGGAAGAUGUGAAACCUAGUUGUCAUCCAAAAGGACUUAUUGUUGAAGGAUUUGAGAUGAGGCCAACAAUUGCUUAACCAUUUUACUGUUGUUAUUCAAUUCUCUAGGGAACUAGUAUAAGUUUUGCCCUCUGAGGUUUUUUUCUUCUUUGAAAACGUUUUACUUUGCUGGAAUGAAAUAGUAUAAGUUUUUGAAUUUUAUGAUACAUAGUGUUAGCGAGCCUACAUGUUUUCCCAAUCCAUUGCAUUUUUCUAAGUUCUUCUCCAUUCUAUAUAUUUCACGAGAGUCUGUUGAAAAUAAUUUUCUAUAAAUUUCUACCAUAAGUUACGUAUAGGUCACCCUUUUCAAAUUUCACUUAGAUAUUUAUCUCAAAAAUCACCUU